CCCAUCUUCCCUAUUGCAACACUGCUUGGGUAAAACAAGAAAGCAAAAACUCCCGGCAGCUGUAUCUGCCUCCUCAUACUUUGCUAGCAGAACAGACAGCACUUUGAUAGCAGGUUAAAAGAAUUUCGCCCCAAAAAUGGCCGAGCGCUUUGACUGCCAUUACUGUAAGGAAUCUCUGUUUGGUAAGAAGUACCUGCUAAGAGAGGAGAAUCCAUACUGCGUGAAAUGUUAUGAGAGUCUGUACUCGAACACUUGUGAGGAAUGCAAGAAACCAAUUGGCUGUGAUGGCAAGGAUCUUUCCUACAAGGAUCGUCACUGGCACGAGUUGUGCUUCCACUGCUUCCAGUGCAAGCGUUCCUUGGUGGACAAGCCUUUUGCUGCUAAAGAUGAGCAUCUCAUCUGCACUGAGUGCUACUCAAAUGAAUAUUCCUCAAAGUGCAAUGAGUGCAAGAAAACCAUCAUGCCAGGGACGCGGAAGAUGGAGUACAAGGGAAACAGCUGGCAUGAGACUUGCUUCAGCUGCUCCCGCUGUCAGCAGCCAAUUGGAACAAAGAGCUUCAUCCCCAAGGAAAAUCAGAACUUCUGCGUACCAUGUUAUGAAAAGCAAUUUGCAAUGCAUUGUAUCCAGUGUAAGAAGGCUAUCACCACCGGAGGUGUCACCUAUAGAGAUCAGCCCUGGCACAAAGAGUGCUUUGUAUGUACAGGAUGCAAGAAGCCACUGUCUGGGCAACGUUUCACUUCUCGAGAUGAGUUUGCUUACUGCUUGAAUUGCUUUUGCAGUUUAUAUGCCAAGAAAUGUGCCGGCUGCACCAAUCCUAUAAGUGGUCUUGGAGGAACCAAGUAUAUUUCUUUUGAGGAACGUCAGUGGCAUAGCGAUUGCUUUAAUUGUAAGAAGUGUGCUAUUUCUUUGGUGGGCCGUGGCUUCCUUACGGAGAGGGAUGACAUUCUCUGUCCGGAGUGUGGGAAAGAUAUAUAAAAUUGCCAUAAGCUAACAAACACUAUAUAUAUAUAUAUAUAUAUAUAUAUAUAUAUAUAUAUAUAUAUAUAUAUAUAUAUAUAUAUUUAACCAGCGGCAGAUGUAUGAUAUUAUAUCUUACUCAUGUUACUUGUCUUUCACAUUUUUCUGUAAAAUACAGUUUAUUCAUUUUCAGAAUAAGGAAACAUACAUAAACUAUCUGGAUACCCAUAAAGAACCAAUCCCACCCCAUCACAAUAUCAUUGUCUCUGACCAUUACAGAGUCGGCAUUUUGCCCAUAGAACAAGCUGCAAGUUUAAAACUGUCCAUGAGUUUACAAAAAAGGGGGAUGGAGGAGAAAGUGGGGUUAAAGAAGAAGUGGGAGAGAUGGUAAGGCUAGGGAAGGAGGAGUAGGGUACA